AGAACAGCGUCAACGAGGCUGCCGAAAAAUCCCGAGACUUUUCCGAAGGGAUCCGAUCCUGAGAAAACCAAGGUAGAGCGCAGAGACGGGAGCCGCUGUUUCCAAUUCACCAUCGCAGAAGAACCCAUUUCAUUUCGUUUAUUUUUCGUAACCAUUCGUAAUUUCAGCGAUGGCACCGGGAUACUGACAUUAAUGGCGAAUUCCCGAGCAAAGAAUCGGGUCACUGCCAUGUGUGAUACAUCUUUUUUGCGCCUUACAUCAGAGACCUUACCAGGCUUGUGCAUUUGAAAUAUAUAGGGCGCUUACAUGUACUGUGUACAUGUCUCCUCAUAGAAUGACUACAGUAGACAACGCUGAUGCCAAUGGAUAUACAGAGCGAUGAUGCGUGAUAAAGCGGAUUUAUUCCCGUCGAAGAUAAGAUGUGUAACGUUAUCGGUGUGACGUGGGAGAAAAUGUCUUUGGCUCCAGCCAGAAAAUGAAGAUGGGAAGAAGCGCCUUGUCCUGUAGCCCAGUAGCGAGAGCCAGUCGUUAUUUACACAUCUAAAUCAGCGCAGAAGAUAAUGAUAUUGACGCUGUAUCUCAGGAUUAAACGCUCCCGUUAAGGCCUACCACUGAGACAAGAUCCAUUGCCUGGAGGAAGAUCGAGAAUUAUAGGUGUGGAGGCCAGAAGAGGUGGCACAUUUGAAGGGGACGCUCCAAAGAGAACUGGACAAAAAUGGGGCAAUGCAGAUCAAGCUUCUCUCCUUCCAUUUGAGACACCAACGAAAGGCAACCACGAGGACGGACGACAGCUCAGCCGGAGGAGGCGGAGGUGGAGGAGGGAGUGGAGGAAGCGGGUGUAAAGGGGGCGUUGAAGGAGGAGGUGUGCGAUUUGAGCAGAAAAAGGUAUGGCCAACGGAAAUGCAAGCAGCGACGGGCUUGGGAACCCCCUGGCGGCCGUGGUGUCCACUACAGGUGGCAUGAUGGGUGGAGCACCUUCUUCAGCCGUGUCUACCUAUGUGAAACUUGUCCUUCUGGGGUUGAUCAUCUGCAUCAGCCUUGUGGGCAACUUAGUGGUAUCCCUGCUGGUGUUAAGGGACAGAGCCCUACAUAAGGCACCCUACUACUUUCUUCUGGACCUCUGCCUCGCCGACACCAUCCGCUCUGCGGUCUGCUUUCCCUUUGUCCUGGUGUCUAUCAAGAACGGCUCGGCCUGGACUUACAAUGUGCUCAGCUGCAAGGUGGUGGCCUUUAUGGCCGUCCUUUUUUGCUUCCAUGCUGCCUUCAUGCUGUUCUGCAUUAGUGUCACACGCUACAUGGCCAUCGCCCACCACCGCUUCUACUCCAAGCGAAUGACCUUCUGGACCUGUGUGGCAGUGGUAUGUAUGGUCUGGACGCUGUCAGUCGCCAUGGCGUUCCCACCCGUCUUUGACGUUGGCACCUACAAGUUUAUCCGCGAGGAAGACCAGUGCAUCUUUGAACAUCGCUACUUCAAGGCUAAUGACACUCUAGGCUUCAUGCUGAUGCUGGCCGUGCUAAUCCUGGCUACACACGUGGUCUACAUGAAGCUCCUGCUGUUUGAAUACAAGCACCGAAAGAUGAAGCCGGUCCAGAUGGUUCCAGCCAUCAGCCAAAACUGGACAUUUCAUGGACCUGGAGCCACAGGACAGGCGGCUGCAAACUGGAUAGCAGGGUUCGGCCGUGGCCCAAUGCCUCCCACUUUACUGGGCAUUAGGCAGAACUUGCACAACCAGAACAGACGCCUGUUAGGCAUGGAGGAGUUUAAGGCAGAGAAGCAGCUUGGCAGGAUGUUCUAUGUCAUCACCUUGUUUUUUCUGGUGCUCUGGUCCCCGUACAUUGUGGCCUGUUACUGGCGGGUCUUUGUGAAGGCGUGCACCAUCCCACACCGGUAUCUUUCCACCACCGUGUGGAUGAGUUUCGCCCAAGCGGGCGUGAACCCCAUCAUCUGCUUUUUCCUCAACAAGGACCUGAAAAAGGGCCUUCUGGCCCACCUGCCUCCCUGCUGUAGAACUCCACCUCAACUACCCCGUGAGCCUUACUGUGUCAUGUGAAGAUGAGUGUUUAUUCAUAAUGUUUUUUUUUCUCUUUCUCUCUUCUGGAUGGUCAGAGAUUUGACAGCCAGGGGGAGGGAAAAAGAAGUCUUUAAAGAUGGAGACGUGGAUGAACUUUAAGAGCUGUUGUGGCCUUUGAUUCAGUAUUAAGAUGCUUUAAAAGGGUGGAUGUCACGGAAUAAGCAUCUACUGUCACUUUAAUGAUUUUAAGGGGGAGAUAGGCUCUACUCUAAUGUGUGGUUUGGUAAAUCAAUUCUGAACAGGUUCGAGGAACCGUAUGUUUUGCAUUAGGGUGGUACAAAUCAACCAAACUGGUCUAUUUUAUGGUGAAUGUAUGAAGGCUAUAUCAAAUGGCUUCUCAUGAUCGAUCUCAGCAAACAUUACCAUUUGAUUUGGCUCAAAAUCUGUAUCCCUUUACCAGGAUCCUGAGGGCCUUGAAUUAAAGAUUUACAAAAAUAUUGUUCAUGCCUUGUGAACAGCUGCGCUCCUGGCAGAAUAAUUGAUAUUAUUUGAACUACUGAUUCAUAAAUGCUCCACGUGCAUGUGUUUUACCUUAACUUUAAGGCAAAAACUUGAGAUUAAACUACUUUUAAGAACGAGUGCCAAGCAUAAGCCUCUAGGACUGAAUGAGGCUGACAAAAAAAAAAGAAAAGAAAAAAAAGAGAGGGAGUUCCUAAUAUUUAUGCUAAUUGGUUGCUAAUGCUAAUCCUUCCUGUGUCUCCAUCAGGCAGGAAUUAAGAUGCUCAUAAAACAGUGUGUAUACAAAAGCAACUUCCAGAACAAAUAAUGUUUUUCCUCCCAAGUUGAUUCAAAGGGAUUGUAUAUGAAAGGAGCUGGAUGAAAAUAUGAAUCUUUGUGAAAUAUGGCCUAUUCAGGUUUGUAGGUGCUCUUUCCCUGAGUAACAUUUUCAAUGAAAUGUAUUGUUUUUUAUUCGUCUCUUUAUCUCUUUCAACUCUGUUUACUCAUUAAUUUUUAAAAUAUUUUCUAGCAUUGCACAAAAUAACUCGUGCCCUUAUCAUUUCCAUUACAGGUCUGAAUAUAUGACUAGUCUUACAAUAUUCAGACCAAGAAAAAGUGAAGUCUUUUACUGUAAGUGGUCUCAUUUUGUGAAGCGACAGUUCAGGAUUGAGAGAAAAUACUGAUCUGUUAAUAGUGUACUACGGUUAAACCAACAGAUCAUUUAUCCUUCCAAUCGAUUGCACAGAAAGUGCUGUAGAGGAGAAGUUACUUAGUCUUUUGCGUCUUGAAUUACUUAAAUGAAAGUUUACUAGCUUAUUGGAUCUCGACCAAAUCAAAAUGUUUUUAAUAUGGAUUUUCAUACAUGUAUCUUGGACGUUAAUUAAUUUAGCCUUUACAUUUUCAAUCAUAUGUCAGUGAAAGUUGGUUGCAAUCGAGGUAUUUUAGUCUACUUGUGUUACAUACUAACACAUGUUGUUGGAUUCCUGAAAAGAAGAAGUUGGUCAGGUAGUAAGGAGGAACCUUAAGUUAAAAGUUUGUGCUGGACUGAUUCGGCCUCAUGUUUAGCCGAAUUAUUAUUUUUUAAUCUAAUUUUAAUCUUGUAAUAAAAAUAUGAAUGUGUUUGAGAUAAGGAAAAAAAAAACAUGUAAGCUGGUAAUGGAAUGUUAAGAUUUAUUCUUUCAAGUAUUCCAUUUCAUUAGGAGCUAACAAGUGGGUGAACUAAAUUCCGGAAUCCGUUUGAUGUCGAAUUAAUUUCCAUUAAUAUUUUGCACACAACUCAAGAAAUCAUUGAUCAGCCACAUGAUUUCUCUGGAAUAUUUUGACUUGAAUCAGAAUGCUGACCAAUGCAGACAGGACAGAUUGUAAUAUUUCUUUGAAUGUUCAAUGAGAUCUCUCUGUAGGGUAGGCAUGGAAUUGGUCGGAGUGAUCAGACUUUCUUUUUCUAAAACCUGUCUUUGCUAGAACAGAAAAACAGCAGAAGAACACCUAUGAUGAACAGAAGAAGAAGAAUAGUUCUUUCUGUUAUCUGCAUUUUAUGCCUUACUCCAUUACCAAGGUUUAAUGUUACCAAUGCAAGAAUGAUCUGAAAGCUGUAUGCAUAUAUAGACAACAAUAAAUCUCACAAAAACAUAUGCUGGGGAAAACACAACACUGUGUAUUUGUGGAUCAUCAGAGGACACAUCUUGCUGCCCAUCACAAACCUAAGGGUUGUGGGUAAGAAGACAGCUGCUUCGGCUGUGUUAUUGAAUUUGUGAACUGAGACACGCGGGAGUGUACAAUUUUGCUCAGUUCUCUGGAGAGACUUGAAUUUGCGAAAAAGUAAAAAAGAAUCACAAAGAGACGCUGAUUUUCCGUGGAAUUAAAAGGAACUUCUUGGAUUCUUAAGGAUUUCUUUGAGACUUUUUUUCUUCUUCUUGUCUUUGGGUUGGGAUCGGGGUGGGGGACAGUAUGUGAAUGACCGUUUGGGCUAUUGUUGUAUUCACCUGUGAAUAGGAAAUCGCUUGGGUCGGUGUUGGGUGAAAAGGAUGUGAUUUUGUAACGAGCAAAAAUGCCUGGUAGAACAUUUUUAGUUGCUUCAGGCAUCUUAUCUUUUGUAAAAUAACUGUGAACCUCUGUGUAAUUUCAUGUGUAUUAUAUGGACAACGCACUAACUUCAAGUGGGGGGUGGAGAGAGGGGUGGGGUUAUGGCCCUUGGUCAUCAUCAUUUUACCACGCAUGUGUGUGUGAGUGUUUACGCUGAGUAUGAGUGUGUGGACAGAACUGGGUACUCAUGAGGAACAAAGCAAAGGCGAAAGGUCAGACAUACAGCGUCUGAUAUCAACCACUCCUGUAGCUGAUCCACUAAAACUUCACAUUUUCAAUGUGACAACACAACUGUAAAGAUUAUGAAGAGCUGAGCCUUAAAUAAAACAUAAUGUUGAUUCAAAUCAACAGGGAAUAUGGAUCAUAACCAACACUCAAAAAGGAAUACUUUCUUUGUUUCUGUUACCACAUUUUGACACCUACAUUAAAACAGACAAUGUUUGGCUGUUACAGUGAUUGUUAAAUAUAAAUGAAUCAUUUUUGUUUAAAAAAAAUAAAUUAAUUAGAAAUAUGUGGCUAAUGAAUGUUGAUAUUCAAGUUUCUCCUUGGAUUUUAAACACCAGUCGACUAUUUAGUUUAAUCAGUACAUUUUUUAUAUCUGCAAUUCUAUAACACUACAGCAAAACUUUUGUGCACAAAGAAUUGCAUACUUUUAGUUAAACAAAUAAAAUUGCAUAAAGAAAGAACCCCAAAUGUAUUAAGGUAAAUCUAUGACAUCCAUUUUCAAAAAAUGAGUUUGAGUUUAAUUAUUCAAAACAAUGCACCUAAUUUAGCAGGCAAAAACAUAUAAUUUUUUUCAGUGUAUGGAAAGAUGUAUUAAUACCUGUGUCUUAAUUUUUUGCCUUUUAUAGUAAAUAUCAAUUGUGCCUGAUUUGAUCAUAAAGUCAUAUGUCUGUUUAAUCUCUAGUAAUUGCCAAAUUAUAAUAUAUGAACAUGAAUGAGUGUGAGAUUUUAUCAUGUCAUCUCACUGAAAUGCUGAAAGAAUGAAAAAAAAAAUCCUAUAGAACAGCCUUAGGAUAUAAAAAGCCACUCAUUCAGCUAACUAUUACAAGAGCAGUAGACAGCAACUAUCCAUCAUGUAAUGAAAUAAAUGGGAGUGAAAUUUUAGUUGAGCAACUCGGGAGUCGUUUAUUUGUGAAUGCAUGAUGAAUGAAGGGGCUAAAGGAAAAACUGCGGGAGGGGGGACGUGAGUCAGCUUUCAGAUAUCUUGAUCUGUAAAUCAACAGGAGGUUUUUUUUUUCUCAACAUGACAAUAAAAGUUUACUUUUGUUGCA